UCGAAGUUUUGAUAAAGAUUGUAGAAAAAAACCUAACCUCUCGUUGUUUUUCAAGUUUGUCAUAUUUUUCUGCAAGAAUUAUUACGAAUUUACGCGUGAAAAUUGAUCAUUUCAAGAGUUGAUGUUUUGGCAAGACAAUACGUGAAGUGCUCAAUAACGAAGGGUUCAGAUAUCAACAGCGUUAUCGUUCCAUGAUAGAACGUAAACAAUCAUUUAAUCUGCACCAUUGAGGGCACGAUAGCCACACUAGUGAUCGAAAUAGGCGCAAUGCAGAAUAAUUUAUAUUAAACUAAGGUGAUUAAGAACAAAUAAGUUUUAACUGUUCGCAACACUACAUUUCCGAAGUGUAGUGACCCCGCCCUCAAAGAUUCUUCUGAAGACGAUAAUGUUCUUGUUCUAUACGUAAAAUUGAUGGUGCGGCGAUAAACAUUCAUAUACGGAUUACUCACUACGCUGCUUCAAUACUAAGCAUUGAAGUCCUAAUCUCGAAACUAAAGGAACUUUGAAAAUCAAAAAAUUUAAACAUGAUUGAAACAACAGACAAGGAGAAUGAUAGUGUGGUAGAGGAAGAAGACGAUUCAAAACUUCCGAUUAGUUUUAUAUAUGCCAGACAUUUGGGAAAGAUCGAAGGUAUUAAUUGUAUUACACAGAGCUGGCGAGUGAAAGAGCGCAUGAAAACUGUCAGUGUGGCGUUAGUGCUUUGUCUGAAUCUUGGCGUUGACCCACCGGAUGUUGUGAAAAUACAUCCAUGCUCUAGGUUGGAAUGCUGGAUUGAUCCCGCUGCAAUGUCUGGUCAGAAAGCAAUGGAAUUGAUAGCUAGCAACCUUCAAAAGCAAUAUGAACGCUGGCAACCACGAGCCCGUUACAAACACUCCCUCGAUCCAACGGUUGAGGAUGUCAAAAAGCUCUGCACUUCCUUGCGCAGGAAUUCAAAAGAAGAGCGCGUACUGUUCCAUUACAAUGGACAUGGUGUUCCUAGACCAACGGUCAAUGGCGAAAUUUGGGUCUUCAAUAGGACCUACACCCAGUAUAUCCCUUUGUCGAUAUACGAUUUACAAACGUGGAUGGGGGCACCAUCUAUUUAUGUGUACGACUGUUCGAACGCGGGUAUUAUUGUAAAUAGUUUCAACACAUUUGCCGAGCAGCACGAAAAAGAGUUAGAACAGAUGCGUGCACGAAGCGGCAGCACAACUGGUCAGUCAGAUCAGGAAGCCAACCGUAACUCUCCAUCGCCUCCAGUCCUUGGAGCCACUACCUACAAGAAUUGUAUACAACUAGCAGCCUGUGCCGCCAACCAAAUUCUACCGAUGAAUCCGCAGCUACCGGCUGAUCUAUUCACGUCUUGCUUAACAACACCAAUACGGAUAGCACUUAAAUGGUUUAUAUUGCAAUCCACUUCCAGUUUGGUUCCACAUGUUACAGAGGAUUUGAUCGAUCGCAUUCCUGGUCAACUGAAUGAUCGCCGCACGAUGCUAGGCGAAUUGAAUUGGAUUUUCACGGCCAUAACAGAUACCAUUGCAUGGAAUACAUUACCAAGGGAUUUAUUUCAAAAACUUUUUCGACAAGACUUGCUUGUAGCAAGUCUAUUCAGAAAUUUUCUGCUAGCGGAACGAAUUCUUCGAUCCUAUGACUGCACACCAAUCUCGAGCCCUCCUCUUCCACAGAGCUAUCGACAUCCAAUGUGGUCCGCGUGGGAUCUGGCAUUGGAUCUGGCACUUUCACAGCUGCCUGAUAUCCUAGAUAAAGGCAAACGAUUUAAACAUUCGCCAUUCUUCGAAGAGCAGCUGACGGCUUUCCAGGUAUGGCUGGAAGGCAGUUCCGAGCAACGUAGUCCACCAGAACAACUACCGAUCGUGUUACAGGUUCUUUUGUCUCAAGUUCACCGAUUACGUGCCUUGGAGUUAUUGGGUCAUUUUCUUGAUCUAGGUCCAUGGGCGGUUAAUUUGGCACUUAGCGUUGGUAUAUUUCCCUAUGUAUUGAAAUUGCUCCAAAGUUUAGCAAAGGAACUACGGCCUUUCUUAGUGUUCAUUUGGGCCAAAAUCCUCGCAGUUGAUGGGACUUGUCAAGUAGAUUUAAUACGCGAUCAUGGUCACAAAUACUUUUUGGCUGCUUUACAAGAUACAUCCCCUUGUCCAGGAUUCAAGGGUAACCAUAGAGUUUAUGCGGCAUUCGUUCUGGCAAGUAUAGUUCACAAGUUUGCCAUUGGCCAGGCGAAUGCAAUGCAAGGACAACUGGUGUCAAUCUGUUUGGACCAACUCAAUGAUUCAAAUCCGGUUUUAAGACAGUGGCUUGCAAUAUGUCUGGGUCACCUCUGGCAGAAUUAUGAACAAGCACGUUGGUCUGGAGUGCGUGAUAAUGCAAAUGAAAAGCUUUACCCGCUGUUAAGCGAUCCUAUUCCAGAAGUGCGAGCAGCCGCUGUAUACGCUCUUGGAACAUUUAUAAGUUCUGUUACACAACGAUCGGAUCACGCGAACAAUAUAGACCGGUCAACCGCAAUGCAUUUGUAUGCCACCGUAUGUAACGACAUGAGUCCGCUGGUCCGAAUGGAAUUGAUAGCUUCGUUGCAGUGGAUGGUUCGAUUUUUCGAGAGUCAGUUUGUUACGGUGUUCUUGCAAGAAUCAACUACAAGCCAUAAUCUGUUCAACCAUCACUACCAUAGUUUGGAGCGUAACAUGAAUUUGAAGCGUAAUAGCAGUACAAGCAAUAUUAUCAAUGUAGGAAAGAAUGCAGCUACUGUGGGAUCCAUUUAUCAGAAGCUGUGGAAUGGAUUGAAUGCCCUGGCUAAGGAUCCGUUUCCUGCUGUGGCUCAGAUGGCUCAAAAAGUGGUUGAAUAUGUGGGAAAGCAAGGUUAUGAAAUAGCCAAAGAAGCUACCACUUCGGAGAAAAGUGCCGGUAGUAUGAGUUUACCGCCUUCACCGAACACCAGAAUCAACUAUUUAGGAGGGGAAUCACCUCCGACACACAACCAUCUUACCCAAGCAACGGCCCAUCUUACACCGGUACCCAACAAGAAGAAACUUCAUCAAAUCAGUGACAGUUCAGAAUUUGCAGCGUGCUCUACACAACAACAGCAGCCACAGUCGAUAAUCAUUUCAAACCACGGCUCGCCACAGAUCCAAACUAUUCAGUCCGAUCAAAUGCCUCCCCAGUCAGCAUCCAAUGUUAAUCCUCAACAGUCACAAAGUCAGGGUCAGCCUCAGGCUUCCAAUUCUCAACCCCAAAUGCAACAGCAGCAACUCGCAACUCCUAUCGUAACUACGAAUUAUAUUGAAUGGUCGGUAAGCUUCUUUGCGCGACCAUCCAAGUUUUUAAACGAAGCAAAGCUCAAAAACGUCAGUGAUCAAAAUUCAACAGAAUUUCUUGAUCGUCAAUCCAGAUGUUUGCGAAAUCGGAUUGUGCGUGAGGAAGGUCGAGAACAACAACGACGUGCAGUUUUCGGUCGAUUAGAUACCCAGAGCUGGUCUUGUCGAACGCAGCAUACUCCGACGAUGGUUAAGUUGAAUCCUUACGAUGACCAGAUCGCAGUUGCUUACAAGGAUCGCGUUAUUCUUCAGGACUGGAGCACGGAUUUGACAAGCUCGUUUAUUCCGUUCAAACAGCAACCUCAUGUGCAUUACCAGUCGAUUUUCCUUGAUCAGAAUCGGUUUCAAAUGACUCCUUCUACAAUAGCGGUAUCUUCACUAGAUUUUGUGAAUGCCCAUGAUGUUGGGCUUGUAUUGGUUGGUUACAGUGAUAGUGUCAUUCGUGUUUGGCGCCCAGCGGAAGCCAAUCGGGAAUCGUCGUUGGUUACGGCGUGGCAUGGUUUAUUUGAUUUCAAUUCACCUACAACUGCAAAAGUAGGUACCAGUGAAUUGGGAUUGGUGAUGGCAUGGCAUCAAAAAACCCAAACAAUAAUGGCGGCUGGAGAAGCCAAAUACAUUCGCUUGUGGGAUGCAGAGCGAGAAUCAAAAAUCUGUGAUAUUAGCAGUGGAUCCGAUGCGACGAUUAUAAAACUAUCAUGUGCACCAAAUGGAAUAUUCGCUGCCGGAUGCAAUGACGGGAGUGUACGACUGUUUGAUCGCAGGUGCUCUCCGGCCGAGGCACGAUUUGCUACAUUCCGAGAGCAUAUGAAUCCGAUACUAACUGUUUGCUUACGAGAUGACUGCGAAAGUUUAGUCUCAGCUUGUACCACUUCGACUGUGCGAUUAUAUGACAUCCGUAAAACAUCUACGUCUGUACAGCAUUGGAGUGCAGGUUCUGAUGUUUCAGCGAUGAGCAUUCACUCGAGUGCCGAUAUUGUGGCCUGUGCAACUAGCGUGAUCACCAUUUACGGUCUGGAUGGUACUAACUUGAAUACAAUUCGGUGCAAUGAAGGAUUUAUGGGUACGAAGAAAGGCGUAACAUCGUGUUUAUCGUUUCAUAAGCAUAAAAUAAGUUUGGCAGCUGGAUUCAAUGAUAACACAGCGGCCGUAUUUGUUACCGAUCGAAAGUGAACCAUCGCAGUUCAUAUUCCGUCGCUUUACCGAAGCCGCUCAUAUUAGUUUUAGACAGCCACAACAGCAGUCAGCCCUUAGCAGCAGCAGCAGUGCAGCGGAUACCAAUGGCAGCGGAUAGCGACCGCAGCUGUGGUAACGGAUAGCAGCAUCGAUAGAAGCAGGGCCAGCUGAUGCAGUGGGGUACUUCCUUUAGUGAAAUGCUGUCUUUGUGCAAUAGCGGGCAGUAGUGAAUGCAUCCAAUAAAAAGUUUCCUCAUUUUGAAAACAAACCAAUGCUCUUGGAAGCUGGAGUUCAAAAUACAUGAGUCUUCUAGUUUUGAGUGUAACAGGUUUUCUCUGUGUUAUCUAUCACAACGAAUACCUUAUUUGCACUGUCAGUGAUAACGCAAAGAUGUGAUCGGCAUCUUAUCCGCUAUUGAGUUAAACAGCAAAUUAUCCUUUUCAGGAUGAAAUAAAUACCCAAUUGAAGAGUUAAUAUUUUCUCUCAAAUUAAUUUACACCUUCAAAUGUUGGAACAGUUAUAAAUUUGGCUGACCUUGUCUCAGAACAUACUAAAUUAUCUUUUCCUUUGAAAAAUUGUCAAGUCUAAUAUGACAAGCAACUAUAUUUUUGAAAAUGGUCAAUCCUUUUCGAUUGACCAGAUUGGCCGUUAUAUGAUUGCUUUCCCGAGCACGGUCGACAGAAUUAUAGACCUAGUAAUUCGGAAUGUACUAUUUGACCUAUAUAAGAACCUGUUUCAGCCGAAACUGAUCAUAUUAGUUCUAGACAGUGACUAUAACAAUCCUUACUUAACGGGAGUGGAUAGCAUCAGCAGCAGCAGUGCUAUCAGUAGCGAUGUUCCUCUAGUAAAGCUACCUUUGUGCAAUAGCGAGCAGCAUCAGUAGUAGUUACAUAAGCCUGCACUUUCUCCAAUGAAAAGUUGCCGUGUUUUACAACCCACAAACGUUUUGGAAUGCUGGCUUUCAAAGUAUAUGAGCCAUCAAAUUUUCUUUGUGAAAACAGUUUUCAACUGUAUUAUCAGAAAAAUGUCUUAAUCUCUUCUGUCGGCAGCACAUAAAUGCGAUCAACAUUAUAUCCGAUAUGAAAUUGAACAACAACAGUCCUUCUAAGGACAAUAAACAAAUUAUUGAUGAUUUAAUGUUUUCUCGUUUUGCUCUGGAAUUGAAAGUAAAAUGAUAUUUUAAUCUGCAUGCUGUUCAGUGAUGUAUGUGCAAACUAAAAUUCGGUAGCGCUUCAACUCCUUUUUUGCAUAAAAUUUUAAACAUAUUCAAUACGAGUAAUGCAACAAACAAUCUUACGUAGUUCUACGUCAACCAUGCGGUCGUGACUU